AUGGCUCUCUCUAUUGUGUCCUCUGUUGCACAAUACCUCGGUGGUCUGGUGGUGCAUGAAAAAGAAUUAUUAGGUGGGGUGGCCGAUCAGAUUGAGAAUAUCCAAGUUGAAAUGAAGCAGAUGCAAUGCUUCUUAAAAGAUGCAGAUGAAAGAGUGAAUGAAAGUGAAAACAUUCAUAAUUUGGUUGCAGACAUCAGAGAUCUUGCUUACAAUGCGGAGGAUAUCAUAGAGUCCUACAUUCUCAAAGCGAAGUAUGCAAGCUUCUUCAAUCCGAAGAGAUACAUACGACUUCACGAAAUUGGGAAGGAGAUCAAAACACUUCAAUUGAAGAUCCAACACUUCACUCGCAGGGUAGAAACUUAUGGCUUCUUAUCGACUGGCCAAGAAGGAGGAACUAGCUCUACCACUGAGAUGCAGAGACAAUUGAGACAAUCUUAUCCGCAUUAUGAUGAUGAAGAUGUUAUCGGCAUACAGGACAACAUCAAGGUAUUGGUUGCAGAGUUGAUAAAAAAGGAAGGCCCCCAUCUGGUUUCCAUUGUUGGGAUGGGGGGAUUGGGUAAAACUACCCUUGCUAAAAAGGUAUACAAUCAUGAUGCUGUUAAGCGUUAUUUUGAUUGUUGUGCUUGGAGUUUUAUUUCCCAACAAUUCCAAGGACGAACCAUUUUGCAGGAAAUCAUUAGGAAAGUUUGCAAUGAAAUAGAACAUGAGAAUUUGAAUGAUGGAGAGAUGAAGGAGAAGUUAUACAAGCUAUUGGAAGACAAGUGCUAUUUGAGUUGGGAGUUGUUUUGUAAGAAAGAUUUUCUUUGGAAGAAUGUUGCAUCAAGUUCCUCCACUUUGUACCAUCCAGAAGCAGAGAAGAAAAAGAAGUUGGGAAGAGACAUGAUAAAAAAAUGUGGAGGUUUGCCUCUAGCGGUUGUUGUACUUAGAGGCUUGUUGGGAACAAAGAAAUCAAUUCAUGAAUGGGAGAUGGUUGCUAAAGACAUUACCAAGUACUUGAACAGAGUCGAACAACGACAAGAGCAACAUGGUGUUUCAGGGAUAUUGUCUUUAAGCUACCAUGAUUUACCUUCUUAUAUAAAGCCAUGCUUUCUGUACCUUGGCCUUUACCUAGAGGAUUCCGAAAUCCACAAAAAGGUAUUGAUCCAAAUGUGGAUAGCAGAAGGUUUUUUGCAGCAGUAUAAUGGGCUAGAAACAAUGUCGAAGGAAGAAAUUGGAGAAAAAUACUUGCUUGAGCUGAUUAAUAGGUCAAUGGUUCAACCGGACGAAAUGAGCUUUCAUGGAAAAUUAAAAACAUGCCGCUUGCAUGACUUGAUGCGAGACCUAUGCUUGCAGAAGGCAAAAGAAGAGAAUUUCCUUUCUACUUUUGAUGGUGAAAGUGCAGCAUCAGAUUCUUCUUCUUCCACUUCCGAGAUGUAUCCACAAUGUUGA